GUUGGGAACACUGGAUUAGAAAGACUAGAUCAGGGUGCUCUAAACUUGGUCCUCAACGUAUCCUAAACAGUCCAGGUGUUAAGGAUAUCCAUGCUUGUGCAUAGAAGGUAUAAUCAAAAUGACUGAGGUACUAUUUAAGUCACCUGUGCUUGAGCUUGGAUAUCCUUAAAUCCUGGAGUGUUCAAAGGGCAUAGAAGACCAAGUUUGGGAACCACUGUAUUAGAUAUAUAAGUUUAAUAUCUACAUAGAAAGUAAAUUAGCUGGUAAGCAGACCACCUAGAAAUGUAAUGGCAUGUAUUUGUUGCUAUCUCCACCUUUCCAUUUGCCAAGCCUGAAGAAAGGGGGCCUCCUUACCUUUUUGAGACUGCAUAGUGAUACUGAAUUUCAGCUUAGUUGUGGAGUUGGUUGGUGCUCACAGAAGAUGUGUUCUAACAGAUUUUCCUACCUUGCUGUUCAACUUUUUAUUGCCAUUCAACUGGGAAUUGCAAGUCAGCAUAGAAUUCUGAAAACUGCUGCAACCAGACUACCUUUAGAAACCCAUUUAGAUAGACCUGUGAGGGACAUCAACCACACUGCAAUUAGAAAACAAAAAAGCCUUGGAGAAAAUAUUCCAUUUAUUGGGCUCACAAAAACCAGUACUCUGGACAAACACUGCUGUAAGAAUGGAGGCACCUGUAUGCUCGGCAGUUUCUGUGCCUGCCCUAAGCAUUUCACUGGAAGGUACUGUGAGUUUGAUGUGCGGAACAGACAUUGUGGUUCUGUAGCUCACAGCCACUGGCUGCCCAGAAAGUGUGCUUUAUGCAGAUGUUUUUAUGGCGUUAUGUACUGCAUUCCAUCUGGGGACUGUGACGCAAAUGAAUAUAAAGAAGAUGUUGAAAUGGUACAUUCUGGAGCGCCUAAAAAGCCAUCUUUCCAUUUUGUGAUGCCUGCAGUUAUUGCAAUUAGCAUGAUACUAAUCGCUUAAAAAAUCAUCUUCUGUAUUAAUCACUUUAAUCAAUUUUAAUUUAUUGAUAAAAAGUAGCACUUUGUUAUUGCAUAUAAUAUUGUUUUAUUUUUACUUAUCUGUUAUGUUUUAAAGCCUAAAAAAAUGUAAAGGCAAAAGACCAUCAGUAACUUUUUAACUGAACAAACCAUAUUACAAUGCAAGGGGUGAAAAGCCUUUUUUUUUCUUUCUUGCAGGGUACAGUAAAUACUGGCUGCUUUUGCAUGUAGACCACACAUGCUGUGCAGCUUUAAUUUUUACACUGCAAUUUAGAGUUCAGUUAGUACAGGCUUCUCAAUUAUAAUGAUGUGUGCAAGUUUUUAACCCACCCCACCUCUGACUUGCCUAUUCUGAAAGAUCUGGGGGACUCCCAGUUUUGCGGGUAGAUCACUGGAAGAGUAGAUGGAUCUCCCAAAUUCUGCCCACUUCCUAGUGCUCUGGGCAGGAUGGGGAGUUAAUACUGGAAAUGCAGGUACGUAGAGUGGGCAAGGUCUUAUGAUCUGAAGAGCUGGCCCCAUCCCCGGAGAGGAAAAGGAAAGUUGGCAAAAGUAUAAGUCUUCUGCUGUGUAACAUGGUUUUCUCAAUGUGCAAAUUUUCACGUUCUUUGCUUUGUUCCAAACUGUGACUCAGCACAAUUGUUUUUUGUUUCAUAAAAAGAAAUUCAUAUUUAUUUUGCAGUGGGUUUGUGUAUUUGUCUUGAAAUGUAGUGAAUUUCAUUGUAAAUUUUAACACAGGUUGUAAUAAAGUAUUUUUUUUAUUA